CAUUAGGUCACUGUGUGCUAGAUACGGGGCGCGCGCGGGAAAACCAAAAGUUACUUCAGCGAUUAACACUGACACAGCGUAUCCUCCCUGGCAGAAUGAAGGUCAUUACAUGUGAGAUUGCUUGGCACAAUAAGGAGCCUGUGUAUAGUGUGGAUUUUCAGCAUGGCACUGAUAACAAAAACAGAAUGGCGUCUGCAGGGGUGGACCUUGCUGUGCGAAUGUGGAAAAUAGAAAAUGGACCAGAAGGAAAAGCUAUUGUAGAAUUCUUGGCUAGCCUUGUUCGCCACACCAAAGCUGUCAAUGUUGUUAGAUUUUCCCCACAUGGUGAGAUAUUGGCCUCUGGAGGUGAUGAUGCUGCAAUAUUAUUGUGGAAGCUCAAUGACAGCAAAGAGCCAGACCAAACUCCAUUUCAGGAGCAAGAGGAAGUUGAACCAAAUAAGGAAAACUGGACUGUAGUUAAAACUCUGAGGGGUCACUUGGAGGAUGUAUAUGAUAUCUGCUGGACACUUGAUAGCAACUUUAUGGCAUCUGCAUCUGUGGAUAAUACAGCGAUUAUGUGGGAUGUUAAUAAAGGUCAAAAGCUUUCUAUAUUUAAUGAACACAAAAGUUAUGUUCAGGGUAUAACCUGGGAUCCUCUAGGGCAAUAUAUUGCAACGUUAAGCUGUGACCGUGUUAUGAGAGUAUAUAGAACAGAGACAAAGCGUGUAGCAUAUAAUGUUAGCAAGAUGACAUCAAGCACUGGAGCAGAAGGAGAGGUUAAAACUUACCGGAUGUACCAUGAUGAUAGUAUGAAGUCCUUUUUUAGGAGACUCACAUUUACUCCUGAUGGAUCUCUGCUUCUCACUCCUGCUGGUUGCGUUGAAGCUGGGGAGAAUGUAAUUAAUACAACAUAUGUCUUUUCAAGGAAGAAUCUCAAGAGGCCACUAGCUCACCUUCCCUGCCCUACAAAGGCUACACUAGCUGUGCGUUGCUGUCCGGUCUACUUUGAGCUUCGACCACAGAACAAAGGUGAUUCUGGUGAGGCUCCAUGUCAGGGUCUCCUUACUCAGCCAUAUCGCAUUGUGUUUGCUGUUGCCUCUGAGGAUGCAGUUCUAUUUUAUGACACUCAACAACUGUUUCCCUUUGGUUAUGUGUCUAAUGUGCAUUAUCAUACCCUGAGUGAUAUUUCAUGGUCCAGUGAUGGAAGCUUCUUGGCAAUAUCUUCUACUGAUGGUUACUGUUCAUUUGUUAGUUUUGAGAAAGGUGAGCUUGGUGUGCCACUAAAGGAUAAACCAGUAUUGAUUAUGAAAACCCCCUCAAUCAUGGAAAAAAAGAUAAAGAAAGCUCAGGCUCGGAAAGUUUCUUCCCCAGUGCCAAGACCAGUAGAACCGACUCCUGCUAGCAGACCCGUUGAGCAGUCCAAUCCCUGCACACCUGUUAAUGUCAAAACCGCAAAUACUCCUGUCACUAAGGAUUCCCCUUCAACACCAGUAGCUAUUAAAAUUAUCCCUGCAACUCCAACUUCAGAGGACAAGAAAAAUGGACAAAAUAAAGCCGGGCAGCCUAGAAGGAUUACUUUAAAUACUUUGGAAGCAUGGAGCAAACCAACCACACCCUCCCCAAGGAGAAUCACUCUUAUUCCUGUGAAGACCAAUUCUCCAAGUUCUUCACAGCCCACUCAGGCGUCCUCUUCUACUCCGCUGUCUGAUGCUCUCUCCAGUGAAAAUAAUUCUCCAGUUGAAGACACCUCUUGCAAACCUCCAGAAUCCAAACGUAAAAGAACUGAUCCCCUGUCUGACAAGUCUGAUGAAAACCUGAGCAAAGACGCUUCUAACGAAGAGCAAAAAAAGAUUUAGGAUGUUUUGUUUAUCUUUGUAGUGCGGUCAAGUUAGCUACAAAUGUACCUCAAACAGGUGUCACCCAGGUUAUGACCCUUUGCAUGCCCAAUAUGUUCUGCUCAUCUGAAAAAAAGAAAUUGCUUUGGGUAUUUGAUAUUGGUGUUUGUCUGCCAUGCCAGAUUCCUAAAAUCAGAUGAUGCAGAUAUUUGGGUCUUUGCUUUUCAGUGACUUUGUCCCUCUAUACUAAUGAAUUUCUCCAAAGGGUACUUAGCUGCAUUUCUAAGAAGAGUUGAUAUAUAUUUUUCUGAUUAAAACUGUGUCCUUCAGUCUAGUCUAUAUACUGAGGCUGCACAUAUAAGAUAAUUCCAGAUGCUGUACCACCAUAAGAUAUUCAAGCUAUAGCCAUCUUGAUUUUAUUCAAUAUCUGCAGCUUGUGUAUCUGACAGAGGGUUGAGAUGAAACUAUCCAGGAAGGUUGUGUUCUUUAUCCAGUUAAUAUAUUAAAGCAAAAUUCUAAAUCUUGCUCACAAAUAUAAAUUAAUAUCAGCUUUUGGGUCAUUUUCAUUUCCUGUGUGAUGGGAAUUUUAAAAAUAGCCUUCAAAUAAGAACAAAUGAAUGAGAUUUGUAUUGAGAUUACAAUAUGUUUAGCAUAUUCUAAUGGCUCUUUGCAACAUCGGUCUAACGAGUACCAUGUGGACUGUUUUUUUUAAUUGGGUUAUUUAAAUAUAUAAAGCUUUAUUUCAAACUGUAAUGUCACCUAGAAUAUAUUUUCCAUUCUUUAUAGCCCAUUUAGUGUACUUUUAAUUUAUUAUAUGUAACUGUUUAUGGGAGGUUGUAUUAGCCAUUAAAUAUCUGGUUUUCUCUUCUCUGACUUCUAUUAUAGAGAAUAUAAAUAUACAAUAUAGCCACAGGUAGUGGCAUUACUGUAUUUUCGGCACCAGAUUUAUUUGUGUGAAGGAGCAACACGCAAAGAUCUGUACAAGUCCAGAACUUUGUGUGUUGCACUUUCACACAAAUGUCCCGAAAACGACCCAAAUGCUGCUACCCGGGGCCAUAUUCAGCAUUUUUCUAAAAUAAAUAACCGAAUGUACAUGUCUAGUAGAAUUUUUUUUUUUUGCGGAAGCCUUAACUAAUUGGUAUGUUCACUUUAAAUGUUACUGUUGCUCACUUGGAAGGAAAUAUGUUGUCUGUUUCUUUAUUGUUGUCAAUACAUUUUGUUACGUGUUUAAUAUA